AUGAGAAUCACGUACGCCACUACGCUCUCGCUCGCCCUCGGGUGGACGAACGUCGCCGCCCGGCCAGUCUCUGAGCAGCAAAACGCGGCAACUUCAAGCAUCGCCGCCGGGGGCAACCAAACGGCGGCGGUGGAAUCACAUCCCCUGGAAGCCGACAGCCAGGCUCUGAACGCGUUUCUCGGAGACGACGUGAACUCCAUCAACAACGUCAACCCGGACCCAAAGGACCGGAUCUACCCCAAGCGCUCCGAUAAGGACGCGCCGUACUCCCUUUCGGAGCAGGAGCUCAGGAGCAAGAUCUUCAUCCCCAAGACCUUCUCCGCGUCGUCCAAGAAGCAGCCCGUGAUCCUCGUUCCCGGCACGGCCGCCAUGGCCGGCUCGACGUACCGCGCGAACCUCGGGCCCCUCCUGGCGAAAUCCGACUUCGCCGACCCGCUGUGGGUCAACAUCCCCGGCGCGUCCCUCGGCGACGCCCAGGGGAACGCCGAGUACGUCGCCUACGCCAUCAACUACGUCCGCAGCGCGACGGGCAAGAAGCCCGCCGUGGUCGCCUGGAGCCAGGGCAACCUGAACACGCAGUGGGCGCUCAAGUACUGGCCGAGCACGCGGGAGGCCGUCACGGAUCUCGUGGCCAUGAGCCCGGACUUCCACGGCACGACGGAGGCGUUCCUCGCCUGCGGGACCGCCGCCGCCGCCGCCAUCGGGUGCACGCCGAGCGUGUACCAGCAGGCGUACGACGCGCAGUUUGUGCGCACCCUCCGCGCGAACGGGGGCGAUAGCGCCUAUGUGCCGACGACGUCGAUAUUCAGCGCGACGGACGAGAUCGUGCAGCCGCAGUCCGGGCCGGGCGCCUCGGCCUUCCUCAAGGACGGCAAGGACGGCGCCGUGGCGUCCAACGUCGAGGUGCAGAAGGCGUGCCCCGGCACGCCGGCGGGCGGCGCGGUGACGCACGAGGGCAUGCUGUACAACGCGCUGGCGUUCGCGCUGCUGCGGGACGCCCUUGUGAACGAGGGGCCGGGCCGGCUGGAGAGGGUCGACAGGAAGACGGUGUGCGCGGACCCGGCGGCGGGGAAGCUGGACGCGCUGGAGAUCCAGGCGACCGAGGCCGUGCUGGCGGACGCGGCGAGGAACGUGCUGGUGUACCCCAACAAGGUGAACCGCGAGCCGGCCAUCAAGGACUAUGCAAGGCAGUAG